AUGGCCGGCUGGGUGUUCUGUAACGGCUGCUUCCAGCCGCCCGGCCGCGCCUCGCACUUCAGCCUCACCAGCUGCGGCCACGUGUACUGCGACGGCUGCCUGAGCAGAGGUAAGGAGGGCGAGUGCCUCAUCUGCAAAGUGCCCUGCCGAGCAGUCUUCCUCUCAAAACACACGGACCCAGGGGUCCAGGCGCUCUUCAUGGGCAUAGACGGCCUGUGCAGGAAGUAUUCCAAGGAGACCUCCCAGAUUUCAGAAUUUCAAGAAAAACACAGAAAGAGGCUGUUAGCCUUCUACAGAGAAAAGAUCGCCAGGCUGGAGGAGGCCCUCAGGAAGGCGAUGCUGCGGGUGGAGCAGCUGCAAAGUAUGAGACCGUCCCAACCCACAGCCUUCAGCGCGCUAAGAAGUCCAGUUUCAAAGCCCUGCGGACAGCUGCUCCGGCCUCCCGGCUCCUCCGCCUCCUCCGAGAGGUUGGAGCCCAUGGAGGUCGACCUCACGCCCUCCCCCCUGAGAAGGCCCGAGCCAGCCGGCCCCACCAGAGUCUCCCUGAUCAGUCCUCCCCAGGACGGACGCAUGGGCAGCGUCUCCCGCCUAGGCCCUCAGCAGCUCAGCCUGACGCCAGGUCGCACCAGCGGGUUCCAGACGCUCAGCUGUGUGGGCGCCCCCGGGCGCCUGGAUGUCCCCGUGGAGUGGGCUCAGUGGACACGCAGCCCCAGGAACAGCACGGGUGUCAGUGGCCCAGGAAAUGUCAUGCUGAGUGACCUGGCGGAGCCUCAGGAGGGGCCUCGGGACUGUUGCCUGUCCGUUCAAGGGGCGAACCUCCGACACAGGGGCCGUGCAGCCGCACUCUGGCGGUGGAGCAGGGGGCGCAAGCCCUCAGACCCGGUCCUCCUGAGGGAGCUCGCGGACGCCAGCAGCCUGGUGCCCCAAGUGACCCACCAGGGUCCAGAUGUGGCACGGGACGUGGCGGCCUCUCCCUGCCCCUCUGGACACACUCCAGCCACGUGCACCACACGUGAACGGGCCCCGGGCGAGGACCCUCCUGCGUCCACGGAGCCUGGGUGA